CCUAUUCCAAAUAUGGCGGCUUUCUUCAAAAUCUAGGAUGGCGAAGUCAGAAGUUUCUAGAGAUUCUUGAAGAUUUGUUGGUGGAUCAAAGAUGCAGUGUUCAUUCCGACAGCUGAAGGAGAAGUCCCUCUCCACGGAGGUGACACAUAUGCAAUGGAAUCCCAAGAUGGAUCUACUUGCUCUUGCAAACACUCAAGGAGAGGUGUGGCUCCACCGUCUGAACUGGCAGCGGGUCUGGACCCUCUCACCGCCUGCAGGAGCCUCAGAAGGUCAGGGUGUCACAGGACUGGCCUGGAGACCGGACGGACAAGUGCUGGGUGUUGGUUACCAGAGUGGGCAGGUGGUCCUGUGUGAUGUAGAGAAGGCUGAGGUUCUGCACACGUCUACCCUGGCACACCCAGUCUCCUGUAUGACAUGGCAGGAGGCAGAGGACAAACACAGCGCUAGCGGAGUGACAGCCUCCCCAGUCCAUGUGGACCAGUCAUCCUCCCCAGCCUCCAGUCAAACCACACCACAGGAUACAGCAGCAGAGUUUCUCCCCAGGCUCACACCACUACCUAAAGGGUACAGUGCCACAGACAAAGCUAACAGUGAGGAAGAGGUUGUGGAAGAUAACAAGAGACUAAGUAGUCAGACUAGGUUGAACAUUCUGGUUGUGGGGGAUGAGGUUGGAAGUAUUUAUUUACUUGCAUAUGGACUAUUUUCAAUGGGACAACUUGCACCAGAGGAGCACCCUCAAGCCAAGGGAGGUCGGCUGUUGAGUGUGACCUUGUCCAGUGACCUUCAGUGUCUGUCAGCAGUGGUACAGCACCAGGCAUCAGCUGACACCUCACAGUCUGACCACACUGUCUGUCUAACUACUUACAACACUGCCCUGUUGGCUACACGGAAGCAGGAGCUUGCUACUUUAGGCAUGAAGUACGGACAGGUUGCAACAAUUCUUGGAUACAUGGAGAACACACUACGGUCCAUGUCAGAAGCAUGGGAAGACAUCCUACUGGAGAUGGACAACAAACUGGCCAAGUUUGCAGAGACCAUUGACAGUAAGGACCUUGACUGGCAAGUUAGUGAUGAGUUCCUACAGUUACUGAUGUGGGGUAAAGCCAGUCCUGAGCUCCAGAGUUUCCUACUGAAUACACUAACUGAGAAGGGUCUGAAGAAACUUGGCUUGUCCAUUGACAACUCCUACUCCAACAUUGAGAAACUGGUGCUGAAUCAUCUUCAGAGAGCUGGACAGGCUCUUUUGUUUCAUCUGAGUGAACUGAAGGGUCUGUCUCUGUGGUAUGACAAGUAUGGGAUGUUAGGACUUAACACACAAGCUGUACAGGAGGCAUGGAGCUGUGCAGGGUCCUUCAUGCUCAAGGCCAACGAGCUUCUGCAAGUAAUUGAUAACAGCAUGAAGAAUUUCAAGGCCUUUUUUCGCUGGGUCUAUGCUGUGAUGCUGAGACUAGCAGGGGAGCAGGUACCGUCUGAGGUCAGUAAGAUGUCCCAGAAGGACCUGGCCUUCGUAGCAGAGUUUCUACAGGAGAAUCUCACAGAGGAGACACCAUCUCCAGGAAGACCCAAAAGAUUCAAUCUUGAGAAAGUUGGUCAGUAUCUCAACAAGAAGGAUGAAGAUCUUCCAUUUCCUCAGGACUUGUCAAAGAUCCCUUGGGAGACCUUCAUGCAGUCAAGUACAUAUCUAAAAGGGAGUGAGUUGCUGUUUCCACACCACCAGAAAAAGUCGCUGUAUCAAGUCUUCAACAUAACUAAGACAGCUGUGGAGAGAGCACUGGAAGGGCCUGCAGCAGUGAUUGGGAGGUCCUUCAACUGCUUAGGAAGCCUGCCCUUGUAUUCUAUGGUUAAAAGGGGAGACAGCCAACACAAGAGGCUACCAGUUCUUCCAAUGAGCCAGUUCAGCGGUGGUGAACCUCGCCAUGUUUUCACACUGGUGAUUCCUGACCAGGACACCCUCAGCAGAAUCCUGGUCAUCAGGCACCCCACCCAGCUGCACAGUGAACUUCUUGUGAUGGAGGGGGCGUGGUUAAAGGUCGGAGGUCAACUAGGAGAGCAAGAAGCAAAAAGAUGCAGUUCCCACAAGAUCCUAGACGUCUCGUACUAUGAUGAGGGGACGUUAGCACUGCUGCUGCAGGAGGGGGAGGGGGAGUGCUGCCCUGUCCUGGCCCUCCUCCCCCUCAUGGCCCUGGAUGACUGUGGGUUUGCAGUGUUGGAAGUCUCACAGACAUUCCCUCUAACCGCAACUGUGGCCUCCAUCGGAGAUAGAGUAGGACUGUGCAUGUAUGAUGUGGGCCACCAGAUCACUCAGUACCGCUACCUGGAGAAUGCAGACCCUGGAGUCAUGGCAGUGGGUGGGGAGAGGAAAGUGGGAGCUGUGCUGUAUGGUCACCAGCGCCGGUUGCGACUUUUUGACAUGAAUGCAGAGGAAGAAGGGGACAGUGAUGAAGACAUCAGUGAUAACGACAUGCAGGAUCUCAAUGAGACAAGAUGAGCCCAGAAUGAUAAAUGUAAAAGUAGCCAUUUGUCUGACAUGUAAACUGUUACAUUUUGUAUGUCUGAUGUGCAUUAAAAUGUGUUGCAUAUUCUUGAAGGACAUCCCUAUACUUUUAGAAGUUUUCAGUGUCGUUUUUACUUUUUCUAUUAUUAGGUCUAUAGAGUCUAUACACACAAUGGAGGAAAGGCUUCAAAUUUUUCAUAUACAAGCAGGGCAUGAUAACAAGAUGUGUUAUACUUUGCUGAUAUGGUGCAGACAUAUUUGGAGCACUAGUUUUGUUUUUGUUUUCACUUCAUCUUUAUUGCAGGCUUUGUACUCCUUCUUUACCUAGUAGGGUAAAACUGAGAGUAGGAGUCCCAGUUACAUAACUAGGAUGGCAGCCAGGCUGGCAGAUUCCUUUCUCACGGGAAGUGGUCUCACUAGGUAGACACUGAUAAAUUGCGGCGUGCAAUCUGCUUGGCAGCCUCGGAGAUGUAGUCUUUAUACUCGCCAGGCGCGAUGACUGAAGAACGCUUGCGUGACCUGGCAGCAAAGGACUGAGCCUCAGGCUCGGGCCCAGACACCUUCACGGCCAUCAGGUUUGACAGGAUG